AUGUCUAUGCCUCCUUCAUCGCCACAGGACAAUCAACACGUUCGUGAACGGCCACAGAAGCGACUCAGGGUGGCAUUGGCGUGCGAUAGGUGUCGAGACAGGAAGAUCAAAUGCGACGGCAUCAAGCCGGAAUGUUCGAGCUGCCAGCAGCGUCGACAACGCCAGCCCUCACAGGAAAAUUACCGUUGCACCUACCAGAGUGAUGUACUAAAAUUUGCGUGCGAGAGAGAGCAGGUACGCCACGGCUAUUUGCGGAGUCAUCCUACUAAUGAAAGUCGGUACAGGUAUAUAGAAAGCUUGCACAGUCGUAUUCGAGAACUUGAAAAAAGGCCCGGUGAUUCGCAAUCUGCCCUCGAAAACAUAUCCCAACUAGGUCCGGGAGCUGGUAACAAUAGGACCGGCUUGCGUCCGCUAGAACAUGCCGACACUCCUAAUGGGGCAGUUUCUUUAUCUUGCGGUGAAUCUCGUGUCAAUGGAGAGGCCAAUGUUCAAUCCCUUCCCCCAAACUACUCUACAAAUUCCAUAGCUAGCAGAGUAUCGCCAUCAUACACCUCGCCUGGAUUUCUGGAAGCGACUACACCCCAGCACACUCCGUCCCGGUCAAACAUCGAAGGCCGCACAACAGACGUGGAAGGAAUGAUUAGUGCGAUGGGUGCAGCAGCAACGACCGAUACUGAAUCGCCUUCCUCUCAGACUGGAUAUUAUGGCUCAUCGUCUGCAAUAUCCUUUUUCAAUCAAAUUCAAGAAAACCUGAGUAGCUCUACUCGCUCUAGAUCAGAUUCAUACCAUAUGAAGAGCGCAGAGACUCGUGAAGACAAUCGUCGGAGGGAGGAUCCAAUCGAAUUAUAUUCGAGCACAAAGCUUAAAGAUUUCUACUUACCUCCAAGAACGUUUACGGAUUACCUACUCAAUUCAUAUUGGGACAAAGUGCAUUGCCUAUAUCCUAUUGUCCAUAGAACAAGUUUUGAAGCUGCAUAUCAGCAAAUUUGGGUGCCCGAGGAAACACGACAAGCCGCAUGUACUCUACAGAUAGGACUAGGAUCCUCAACAUGUCCGGUUUCUAUAUUUUAUUGCGGGUUAAAUGCGAUGCUUGCUCUCGGUUGUACCCUUUCCGACAUGCCAUACGAACAACGGCGAACCCUGUCUGACUCCUUCUGUCAACGAUCUUUGGACCUGGUUUUAGGAAAUUUAUUGGAUUACAGCAGCUUGGCACUUGUUCAGACCCUUUUCAUCCUUGGGCAGUACCUUCAGAGCACAGAUAAUCCCACUCGUUGCUGGAAUGUUGUUGGUUUGGCGCUUCGUGUUGCGCAAGGGAUUGGCUUAUACAUGGACAAAGGCUCAUUCAUUAAUACAAUGCUAGAGACAGAAAUUAAAAGGCGUACCUGGCAUGGCUGCCUCCUACUUGAUAUAAUCACCAGUAUGACACUUGGGCGGCCCGCCUUAGCAUCUAGGGAAGCAAACGUGCCAUUGCCCGCUGCUGUUGAUGAUAUAUAUCUCGAAGGUGAAGCGGCCACCGGCAUCCAGCCUGCUGGCAUAUUUUCUCAAAGUAUGUUCUUUGUUCAAAAUCUUAAGCUGUAUGCAAUUUUUGGCGAAGUACUUACCAGCGUCUACAAACCUUGGCAAGACAAAACCAAGGACGAUCAACAGUUGGACGGACGACGCAUUAAUAAUAUCAUCAAAACAGUCGUGGACCUAGAGCAAGAUUUGCUGGAGUUCAAAUCUAAUCUACCAUUACAACUGAGGUGGGAUUAUAAAGAAACGGAUCCCGGUGAAUCAUGGCUGCUAGAGCGCCAGCGGAAUAUUCUAUAUACACGUUUCUUGCACUUGAAGGUGCUGUUAUAUCGCCCAGUAUUCCACCAGCUAUACGUUCAGGCCAGAAGGGACGGUGUAAAACGCCCUACAGAGUCGGAGGAACAUGCCGAUGAAACUGUGACCAGUGUUGUGGCUCAACGCUGCUCAAGCGCCUGUAUUGAAAGCGCCCAUGCUCUCAUUGAUUUCAUCGACAAAUCUUCUCAGACUAAAGCGGCAGGCUCAUGGUGGUAUAACAUUUACUAUAUGUUUACUUCGGCAAUGAUUCUUAUCUUGGCCGGCUCGGAUUCCCCACCCAAGGAAACUGCAGCCCAACAUAGCAUUGACCGGUCAUGGCAGAAGUGUCUAGGGACCUUAGACCGAUUGGCGUCGAAGCACGUCAGAGCUCGGAAAUGCGCCUUGACAAUCGUUAAGCUACGAGACCAAGCCCUCGCUUCACACACCACCCAUUAUAACUCGUCUUCUAGUCUUCGGCCAGAUGAAUUCGGAUUCCAGAACCCGACACACAGUGAUUCAAGCCAGCACAGACUUUCAACAGAUGCACCACAAUAUGAAAGGUCUUCAACCGCCCACCCCUUUUUCGAGGAUUCGGUUGAAUUCUACGACCCGUUGUUGCAGGAUGUUCUGAGACAACAGCCGAACGGUCAAAUGCUAUGGGAUUCACUUGAAGAUGAUUGGUGGCAAGAAGGAUUAUUAUCACUGCCUUUAGGCAGCAUUCUGGCUCUUGGAGCUGGCCUCUAUGUUGCUUUCAGCUUGGCCCAAUGGCUCGUUGAUCCGCUACGCAGCGUCCCGGGGCCGUUUCUUGCACGAUUCACACGUCUGUGGUAUCUUUAUAAAAUAUACCAAGGCGAUUUUGAGAGGACGAAUAUCGAUCUCCAUAAGACGUAUGGGCCAGUUGUACGUAUUGCGCCGAAUGAGUAUUCUAUCGACGAUGUCAAAGCUGCAAAGGUAGUCUACGGGCAUGGAAAUGCGUUUGUCAAGGCUCCAUGGUACUGGGCGUGGAUGCCGCCAGAGCCUAACAAGGCGUCCCUGUUUGCUGACCUUGAUCCUCAUCGCCAUGGCGUACAACGCCGCAAGUUUGCAUCAGCAUACUCAAUGAGCUCUCUCGUGGGCUACGAGCCAUUCGUUGAUAACUGCAGCUAUCUGCUCAUUUCACGCUUCCAUGAGAUAGCUCAGGCCGGCCGGAGCGUCAACUUUGGGCAUUGGUUCCAAUGCUACGCAUUCGACGUCAUCGGCGAGAUAACCUUCGGAAAGCGCUUUGGCUUCCUCGACAUGGGCGUUGAUGAGGAAGGGGUCUUCAGCGCAAUUGACUCAAGGGGUUCGUACAGCACAUUCGUUGGUAUCUUCCCAAAGCUACACAAUAUCCUCUUCCCUCUUCUUCCAUCUACUGGAGGCCACGGAUACGUCGGGAAUUAUACCAAAUCCCAGAUCGCAUCACGAGAGGCGCUACUCAAAGACCCCGAAAGCCAAGACCGCGACGGCCCACCGGAUUUUGUCUCUAAGUUUCUGGCUCUUCGUUCUGAAGAUCCAGAAAAAAUGACAACUAAUGAUAUAUUCACUAUCUGCCAGAGUAACAUUGGGGCAGGUAGCGACACAACCGCCAUCACGCUCUCUUCAGUCCUAUAUCAUCUCCAUAAGCACCCUGCUACGUACAAGCGCCUCCAAGAUGAAAUCGACGCCGGCAUAGCCGCAGGUGCCAUCUCUGACCCCAUCACCUUCAAAGAAGCCACGCAACUGCCCUACCUACAGGCCGUUAUCAAAGAAGGCGUCCGCUUACACCCUGCUACUGGACUACCUCUUGCACGUGUCGUGCCUCCCUCUGGCGCCACGCUUGCCGGGCAGAAGUUUCCCGCUGGUGCUACGGUCGGAAUCAACGCCUGGGUUGCCCAUCGCAACACUUCUGUCUACGGGACCGACGUAGAUACUUGGCGACCAGAGCGCUGGUUGGAGAUUAAAGAGCAUAGCCAUGAGGCGGAAGUUGAGCGUUAUUUCUUUGGGUUUGGGAUGGGUAGCCGGACAUGUAUUGGGAAAAAUUUGAGCUUGCUUGAGAUGAGCAAACUUAUCCCCGAAGUGGUGAAGAGGUUUGAAUUUGCGCUGGAUGAUGAGGUGAGGAAUAAGGAGUGGAAAUCGGUGAAUAGGUGGUUUGUAAAGCCGGAGAACUUUUGUGGGCAGGUAGUAGAGCGGAAUAAGAGAUCGAUGGAGAGUACUUGA